CGGACGCGGGUAGCCCGGGACGUCUGCCGCGUCGUACGAGGAGGCGGAUGAAUUCGAUAGUGUCUCACGGGGCUCUCAUCCGGGUUACCUGUGCCUCCGAAGGGAGGGAAAGCCGGGGAAAAGCGUGUCGAUCGCCGGGUGUCUAUCUAAUCAGAUACGUGAUUGAUAUCGUGCAGAUUCGUUGUUCCAUACGCUGGUACCGCGGCUAAUCGUUGCGGCCAACUGGUGACCGGACCGCGAGAGGAACCGUAGCGAACCGAGCCGACCCGCUAUUAAAAGAUUCGGCCGGCCAACCAGCUCCGUACCCAGUGCUACGUCCGCGGUUCUUCCAUGCGAACGCACCGGUGACAUGGCUGCUGCCCUUCUGGGCAGAUGCGUCGGUCUACUGGCGCUCGGGUUGCUACUAUACAGCUGUUACUGUUGCUACGCGUUCCGCGUACGCGACCAUCCGGCCUCGCCGGAACAACAGCAGCAACGGUCCUCUUCUUGUAGUCCCAUCUUUGGCAGAUGCCAGGAGAGGACCACGGCGGCCACGUCGACGGGACGAAAGUGGCACGACGCGACGCGGCUCGCUCGCAGACCACCCAUCGUCGGGCUGACGUCGACCGACGAAGAUGACGAACGAGGGACGCGCUCGAGGCUUGGACGUUCCGACGACGGGGUAUCGGAGAGCGUCGAGAUCGACGAGGAUGAUGAGGACGUCGUAGUUGAAGUGGAAGAGGAGACCGUUGAGGAGAUCAGUGAUGAUCUGGAGGAGGAGGAGGAAGAUGACGACGAAGAGGAAAGGCGGAAGGAUUACAAAAUCAGGAGGAAAAGUAUUGAAGACGAGGACGAUGAUAAACUGAAGAAGAGGGGUUAUAAGGUGAAGAGGAAGAGUAUUGAAGAUGAGAAAAUAAGCAGAGUUAAGGAUGCUAAGAAGAUUAUAAGUAAGGAAGAUGAUAAAAGUACUGAUUUAAAGAAAAAAGUUCAACCUGUAAAGCAGAAAGUCAGUAAAGAUAAGGAUGAUGAAGAUAAAGAUGAUGAGGAUGAGGACGAGGAUGAAGAUGAAGAUGAAGAUGAAGAUGAAGAUGAGGAUGAGGAUGAGGAUGAGGAUGAGGAUGAGGAUGAGGAUGACGAGGAUGAAGAGGAACCUACACCUCCUCCACGUAAACUAGAGAAAGUCAGACACGCUGACAAGGACAAAGUCAGAUCGACAGAAAUUGUUAUGGAGAAGCCAAAAGCGAAAGAACCAACAAAAGAAGAACCGAAACCUGAAAAGAAACCGGUAGAAGCUGUGAAGAGAGUCGAACCGGUGAAAAAGAUCGAGGCGAAGAAAGUCGAAACUGUGAAGAAACCAGAGGACGGAAAGUCGUCGGUCGCAGCGAAGCCGGUCGAACCCGCGAAGAGGGUGGAACCCGGUAAGGCAACGAAAUCUGAAUCCGAAUCGCCUAAACCUAGGACAACCGCGAAGCCGGAGGAGAGGACGAAAGUUCCCGUGAAACCGGAACCUGCGAGGAAGCAACCAGAAACGAAGAAAGUCGAAACAACGAGUGCUAAACCGGCCCCGGCGAAAGUUGUGCAAGUUAAACGAUCCGAUAAAGAUGAGUCGAAAGUGAAAACGAAAACGCACGUGGAAGCUUCUCUAACGUUGACUCAACUGAACGAUGCGAUACUACGCGUGCCGACGUUCGUGCCAAAUUUCACGGCCGUUCAGGAUUUUGAGUGUCAGCAACACGGGAAGAUUUUUUUACGCCAAUUGAGAGGCUACAAGCUAUGGGCCUUGCAAAUGUUAGAUUCGAGCGCGAAAAUUCCGUCGGGUUUGUUGCGAGGCAACGUGAACCAGCUUGGUGACUUUGACGAGUGUCUAGGCGUGUUGGCUCACGUGAAAUUGAACGAGAAGACGAUCAAAGUGCAGGGCAAGUACUGUUUGGCCAGUAUAGAUCUGUACCCGUCAAAUCCGAGCACGAAGCAUCUGGUGAACAUGAUGCAGGCGCGCGCUUUUACAAGAGGAAGCAUGCACGACCCAGGUCAUUUUAUUCCAAAAUUCACCACAGUGAAUUGGGCGUUGUGCCUUCCAGCGGUUUGUUCCGCCGAAGACGCGCAGAACGUCCUCGAGUACGCGUUGAGGGACUAUAAUUCCACGUUGGGCAUCAAAUUUCUGGUGGACGUCGAUCCCAACAUGUGCUACGUGCAACAGAAAUCGCGAACCUAUUCGAAAGAGACGAUAGGCGUUUUAUAUUUCUAUGCAAUAUUUAUCUGUCUUGUCGUCGUAGCCACUGUGAGGGAUUAUUUAGUUGUGUCAGAAAGGAAAGGGAACUAUUCGGAGAGGAUAAUAAUGUCCUUUUCCUUACGGCGGACCGUGAAGUUGUUAUUGAAGAAGGGAUCCAGCGAUUUCGACAUCACGUGCAUCCAUGGUAUAAGGACGCUAAUGACGAUCACUUUAUACGUCGCUCACCAAGUUAUAGUGAUUUCCAGAUUACCGUUCUCCAAUCGCAUCGAUCUGACGGAGGUGGCGAACAGUCCCAUCAGCUCCGUUUUAAGGGUGUCGUACGUUUAUACGGACGCGUUUCUGUUGUUCAGCGGCGUCCUCACUGCUUACAACAUGGCCAACGAGUUUCUAAACAGAGGCGAGAUUCGCUGGUUCUGCCGUUUUAUAGCCAGAUACAUCAGACUCACACCGCCGCUACUUGCAGUGGUGUUUUGGUACGCGUUCGUAAUGGAGCACACAGGCUCGGGACCACAGUGGAAUAGUUUAAUAAUACCGAAUGCGGAGCUCUGUAAAAGCAACGCGUGGACCAACUUGUUGUACAUACAAAACUUUUUUCCGUUUGAAGAAAUGUGCGCCACUCACACGCACCAAUUAGCGCUGGACAUGCAACUGUCGCUGUUAGCUCCGAUGUUGGUCUUCUUCUUGGAGUGCAGACCCAUCAUAGGAACCCUCGUGAUAUGCUUCUUCCUUUUACUGUCAGCGACGUUCCGUUACAUAGCGACGAUGAACAAUUAUCUCUCACUCGUUGUAUUCCAUGGAAUGUCAUUGAAGCAUCUAUAUAGGACUGCCAAUUUAAUUUAUACAUUGCCUGUGCACAGAGCCACGCCAUACGUUUUUGGCGUUGCACUUGGAGUGUUGUUACGUUACACAGGGAAAGACGUCAGGAUUCACAAGGUGUUCGUGAUCUUGGGAUGGUUGAUCGCGAUGGCCUUGGGAUCGUGGACGUUAUUUUCACCCUGGCACUUGGCCAGGAGGGACUACGUGUACGACGCCGAGGAGGCGACGAAUUACGCCGUGAUCAGUCCAGUCCUCUGGGCCCUGGCUUUAUGUUGGUCAAUAUUCGCCUGCCACACCAAUCACGGUGGUAUAAUAAAUAGGUUCCUUUGUAACUACUGGCUAGUGGUCUUCAGCAGAGUAUCGUACGCGGUAUACUUGACGCAAUUCCCAGUAUUUUUCUACAACGUUGGGACCACCAGAUACUCUAGCGAAUUCCAAAUUCACAGAGCCAUUGAUCCAUUGGAAGCAUUAACAGUCGUAACCAUAUCAAUCAUUCUCACUCUGUUCUUCGACCUGCCCAUGCACGAGAUCAAGAACGUUAUAAUGGAGAGCACAGACAUGCUGACGGUAGAAGUUCCCAGUGAAGAGAAGGUAGCCGCUGCCGCGGAACCAGCAGUCGAAGCGUCAGCACAGAAAUUACCGGAAGAGGAAAAGAAGAAAGUCUUAGAAGAGGAUGAGGUGACGCUGACCGGUUGGGACUGGCAGCGAGAUAUAGUCGACGGUGGGACGGGAUUCGGGAACGAGGGCGUGGACGACGAGGAACAAGUUCAUGUACCGAUACUGAGGAAAGCUGACGUUCGUCGGAGAUCGUUCAUCGGUCGCGAGAUAUCCGAGUGGGACCAGAUUAGACAGACUGGGAGAUUCUCGAGAGACGACGAGGAGUACAGAGAUCCAGUGAAGCGGAUGAGGAGCAGAAGCAAGCAGAGGGAUUAUCAAGAAUCAGAGGGUGAUCCCAGGAUGCAACAGGAGGAAGUUAAACGAGCUAGACGAUCGCUCUCCAGGAGUCGCGAAGUUAAAAGAUCCAGGGACAGCGACAACGAGGAAGAGUAUACUGGAAGAAGAAAGCAAACCGAGAGAGAAGAGGAGGAGGAGGAGGAGGUAGAUCCUAGAUACAGGCGAUCCAAAGGGAGAUCGGGGAACGAUCAUCGUUCUCGGGAGCUAGUCGGCAGGGAACGCUCGUCUUCCAGAGGUCCCGAGCCUAAAAGGCUCUUGAGCAGAUCGGAGGAGCGCGAGCAGAGGCAGUCGAGACCGCCGCUGUCGAGGUCUGGCGACUCGAAGCGGAUCUUCUCCUCGGAGAGCGAGGACGAUUCCCUGCAGCAGAAGCGGAGAAUCGAAAAAAGACAGCCAUCCGUGGAGCCGAGGAUAAGCGACGAGGAGGAAUGGGAGAACGAGCUAAGGAUACGCAGGAAACAAUUUAUGGAGAAGCUGAACACCCAGCACCAGCAGGAAGAGGAGGAGGAUUUUAGUUCCUUGAGAAGGAGAUCCUCGGCGGAGGGUAAGAUGGCUCUCCUGAAGGAUCCCUCCGCGGACGAUAACAUGGACUCGUGGACGGUGAGCGUGGGCUCGCGGGUCGCCCACCUCGGAUCCUCUCAGGAGCGGAGCGAGCCUGAGGAGGAUCUAGCGUUCACGCAAAGAAGGGAAUACCGGGAGCAAGCGCCGCCGUUUAGGGAGGAAACUCAGAGCGAGGAGGAGGUGAUCUGGGACGCGUCGAGAAGGAGAUCGUACACGAGUAGUCAAGUGACUUCCGGCGAGGAGGACGAAGACGUAACCAGUUUUAAUUUCGUUUUGACGAGAGAUAGCAAAAGGACGUCGCUUCAGGACCUCUCGAGAUUGUCCCAGGACGAUUCCGAUUUAACCGAUUCCGGGUGGAACAUAGUAAAAAGUGGCGAGAGCGUGCCCAGAUCGUCUUCAGCUGGUCUAUAUAAACGGGAGUCCAUUAUAAAGAGCCAAGCUAGCGAGGAAGACCCUGAAUACUUGUUGCCCGAGAGGCCUAAGCUCGUUCAACAAGAACGGGAGCAUCCUUUUAAGAAAGCUUGGCAGAUGCAGAAAUCUCGCUCCGAGGAAGACGCGUACGCGAUGAAAGAACAGAAGGAAUCGAAAGCCGAGUCGAAACCGAAAGAUCGUGACGAUUCUUCGAUGCCUGACAAGGUCAAGAGGGAGUCCAGUGGGGAACAGUACGAGGACACAGGCGCGUUUGCCGACGACGAGUCUGAAUCGAUCACGCUGGCACGUAGUAGGAGCACCGACACCGAGGAGAAUACCAGAACUAGUUCAAAGUCCGAGGAAACGGAAUCCGCGUCGAUGGAGAGGAGCGAGGCCUCGGAAACUAACAAAGCUAGUAGUCUGAAAUCGUCGGACGUUGAAGAGGACUCAUCGAGGUCUAGUUGGCCAUCUGAAGAUGAACAGUUUCACAGAUCGGGCCCGAGGAGUAAAUCUGAGGAGGCCGAAUGGACCUGGGAACGAGAGGAGACUUGAAGGAGCUGAGAGAAAACGAUUAUAAAUGCAAAAGUAUAAUGAGAUAAAUUAUUGAGGGAGCGUGGCUAUGGACUUGACGAAUGGCAAAGUAAAAAUGACAAAUACGGCUGGUUCCUCGGGGGUGAUAUUAUUAUAGAAAUCUGAGAAGAGCGCCGGUUCUGGACUGAGUUCGCAGAGUAUUGGUACAGAACGUAUUUUUACAAUUGUAUCGACUAAAGCAGAAAUAUUUAUCUGUAUUUAAUUGUACCAAUUUCAAAUGAUACCCUGUACACAUGGAAUAUGGAUACGUAAUUGUGGAUAGCAGUGAUAAAUCGUGUUUGGUUAAUGAAAUGAAACAGCGACUGGACAAUCGGAUUCUUGUUCGUUUUCAGCGUUCCUUUUAUCAGCGUUGCAUAUAAUUUGUGAUGAAUGUUGCUUGUUACGUGAAGACUACUGGCAAUAAAAUAUCAAGACUUUAUGUCAUUUAA